CUCAUUUUCGUCUAACAAGAAAAAAAACAUUUUUUUAGAAAGUUACAGUCUCCCACAAUUACGUUUCAUCUCGGUAUUGUUGCGCGGCGUAUUUAAAAAAAAAUAAAUUAUUCUCAUUAAUUCAUUAUCAGAGGAGAUAUAUUACCUCAUCGACGCAAAUGAUGCGUUGUAUAUUGUUAUGACUACCGUAUUAAACGCGCACGGAUUGAAGUUGAAGAGCAGAAUAUUUUAAAUCAGCUACAAUGUCGUCUACAAGGACAGUUUUUUAAAUACAUCCGGGAAUGUAUAUAUAUACAUGUAUACGUCAUGCAUCUAAUCUACAGUAACAGCGAUGUGAUUGUCGAUUAUCUCCACGUAUUGCUACAUAUGUUAUACUAACUCAAUUCUAAUUAAAUUCUAAUAAUGUCGAUAAAUUUUCGGAAGUAUUUCACAUUUCAAAUGUCGCCUAUUUCAAAUUAUCGAUAGCAAUUACGAGAUUAAUAAUACCAAUAACAAUAUCGCAUUAAACGCGCGAUAUCUCGAAUUCUUUAUUCUUUUGUUGUGUCGGUGAGAAAUUAUCAAAUAUUUUCAUGAAGAGACCCCUUCCUUCUUCGGCCAUCAUGUGAGAUUAAAAUUCUCGUAUUAAAAUUCUCAAGUAAAUGAUAACUUUAAUUAACGGAGUUUAAAGUCAAUAGCUAAUUUACCAUAGUUUAUUUACGCUAAUGGCGUUAAUAGAUUGGGAUAAUUUUAAUCAGAGAUGCAUGCUCGUUAUGAUGUCUUUGCACGCGCUAUCGUCCUUUUUUAUACUUUCACGACAGGAAUCCAAAGGCAAGUUGUAAUUUAUAUCAAUCGGACUUAAACUUUAAUGCGGAAUACUGUGGCGGCAACAAAUAAAUAUCAAACAGGAUCUCAAAUAAUUGGUUAUCUGAAAAAUUCGUAUUUAUAUUUUUCACAUUAGUUGUACCCGAAGAAGAAGUAAAAAGACGAGUCGAGAAAAAACGGGAAUGUUAAUACAAUAGCGCAAAGCAAACUUAUUCUUUCAAAGAAUUUUUCGGAGUUUUUUGACAAUCAUGGCAAGCGAACCUGAGACGACGAGUGAACCUGAGACGACGAGUGAACCUGAGACGACGAGUGAACCUGAGACGACGAGUGAACCUGAGACGACGAGUGAACCUGAGACGACGAGUGAACCUGAGACGACGAGUGAACCUGAGACGACGAGUGAACCUGAGACGACGAGUGAACCUGAGACGACGAGUGAACCUGAGACGACGAGUGAACCUGAGACGACGAGUGAACCUGAGACGACGAGUGAACCUGAAAGUGAAAUAGUGAACCUCGAGAAGCAGGAUUUAAGUGAGGAGAGAAAGAACGAGGAGAAUCUCGAAAUCGAGAUGACAACGAAUCCGGAGCAGAAAAGUAAACAACCGAAAGCCUGCGAGGAGGAUCCCUAUAUUGUGAAACUGUUUAAAAGUCUAAUGAAGCCGGAAAGUCAGAAGAGUCCAGUGGAAAAGAAAAAGUGAUAUCUGUACCAUCUUGUGGAAAAUACCAAAAAAAUCUUUGUGUAAAAUAUAUCUAAAAAAAUUAUUGUAAAAAAACAAAAUUAAUAUAUUUUAAAUUGCAUUCAUAAUUUGCUUAUAUUUUAUCGAAUCGCCAGAUUAACAAGAUAUCGAUAGUGCAACAGGAAAAAUUAUUUUCUAAUGCAAUAAUUAAGCUUUUGUCGAUUAGAUAUCGUUUAAUAUCGUUUAGAAAUAUCUGAUAUCGUCACAACGUGAAUUAGCGGUAAUCAAUUUUUAAUGAAACAAUACAGAUUAGAUAUGUAACAUAUCUGUGAUAUUAUACGUUUAUUGCAUUUUAUAGGAAAUAAUCUAUAAAUACAUUCGCGCAGAUAAUUAUGAGGCAUCUGAUUUGCUUUGCAUGCUAAAUUAUGAAGUCAGAAGCGAGAAAUUAUGAAUUUUUUUUCAUCUUAUGUAUCGAAAUAGAUCAACUUUUAUUAUGCCACUACUCUGUUUUUCUCUCUGGCGUGUGCAUACAGGCAUGCAUAUUCGAUUAUCAUAACAAUUAUUGAACUAUAUCGAACACUUCUUUUUUAUUAUUCUGCACUGAUAAUUCGAUCUGCUACAUGUUCUACAUUUCCAUUGAAAAUAAACGUUACAACAUUGAUAGAUUUAUAACUGUUCAUCCAAGAAAAAAAAAAUUUUUUGCUAUACUUUACUAAUUGAUACUGUCGAACGCGAGAAUAUAGUGGCACAUACUUGUAUAUAUGUAUUUUCAUACGUGUAUUUCAAUGUACUUUCUCGCUUCUGAUGUCAUAAUUAGAUAUAAUUAUAGUGAAAAAGUAGAAGCUUUAGAAAUUUUCCAGCACAUCUGGUUUCAGACAUAUUUCAUUAUUCAAUGUAACGUGAAGUUUUCGCCAAGUAUGCACGAUCAUUUGAUAGUCGUCAUGGCGACGACCGCGAAUCUGAAUAAUGCAUUCGGGAUCAAAGAUCACUUAA